AUGGUGAUCAACGUAUAUAAGUACGUGAAAGAAAAUUGGCCAUCGAAUGAAUAUCCCUACAAAACCGAAAUAAAUAAAAAAACAGCAUCGAUUUUGGGAAUUGGCAUAGCAUCUGUGUAUAAUAUAUUAAAAGAAUAUAAAUCAGAAGAGGGAAUAAAAUCACCUAUCAAUCCUAAAGACAAUCCUAAAUUUUAUCAGAAAGUAGACGAUUUUGAUAAAUCCGUACUUAGGAAAAAAAUUCACAGUUUCUUUUUAAAUGGCCAAUUACCAACAAUUCCCAAGAUUAUUCAGGCAGUCAAUGACGAUGAAGAUUUGCCAAAUUUUAGCGAAACAACUCUCAGGCGGCUAAUAAAGCAUUUAAACUUUAAAUAUAUAAAACGACAGCGAAAUAACGCACUUAUUGAUAGAGAUGACAUAACAAUAUGGCGGCGAAAAUAUUUGAAAUCUAUUAAAGACUAUAGACAACAAAAUCGCCAGAUAUUUUACAUGGAUGAGACAUGGGUGAAUGCAGGACAUACCGUAAAUAAAACUUGGGUAGACAAACAAGUUAAAAGUAAGAAGCAGGCUUUCCUAGAAGGACUUAGCAUUGGUGCACGUAACCCAACGUCAAAAGGUAAACGAUUAAUAAUCACCCAUAUCGGCAAUGAGAACGGUUUUGUAGAGGGCGGUGAAAAUAUAUUUGAAUGCAAGAAGACGGGAGAUUACCAUGAAUCAAUGGAUGCAACACAUUGUGAACAAUGGUUUGAAAACGUUCUCCCAUAUCUCGGAGAAAAUGCAGUAGUGGUAAUGGACAAUGCACCAUACCACUCAAGGCGUCUUGAAAGAAUUCCUACUACUGCCUGGAAAAAAAAUGAUAUACAAAAUUGGCUUGUAAGUAAGAAUAUUUCUUACGACGACAAUGAAAUUAAGACUGAAUUACUGCUAAAAGUAAAAAAUGUUAAAGACAAUUUUAAAACAUAUGUAGUGGACGAGCUUGCAAAAAAAUAUAAGCUGGAAGUAUUGAGACUCCCGCCAUAUCAUUGUGAGCUUAAUCCAAUUGAGCUAAUUUGGGCUGUAAAAGGAUAUGUUGCUUGCAAAAAUACAAAUUUUAAAUUUGACGAGGUAAAACAAUUAUUACAAGAGGGACUGCAGCAGAUUACUUCGGAAAAUUGGAAGCGUUGUGUGGAGCAUGUUAUCAAGGACGAAGAUAAUUUUUAUUCCAAAAUCGAUGAGAUGAUUGAUAAAACUGUAGACAGCUUCGUGAUACAUGUCACUGAUUCUGACACAGAAAUGGAAACAUCUGAAUCUGACGAAUAA